CUUUACCAACCCAUGUGACUUGCUCUCCAACUCCAAUUGUACUUGUUUACACUCCAACCAAAAUUUCCAAAAAUUUGCCACACCCUACAACCCUUCUUUUCCUUAAAACGUAUUCCUUAUCACACAACACCUCAAAAGCUCUCUCUUUUUUAACUUAUCCUUUUUCAAAAAAAUUAUAUUUAAUUUCGGUUCCUUAGAUAGUGAUACUUUGUUUACAUUAAUAAACCUUAGCUACAUCUAAUUUUUGUGGCUCUAGCUUCUGGGUUUCCGCGUUAUUGAUGAUAAAUAAAUUGUCAAUUGACACAACUCAUAAGUCAUUAAGCUUGAAAAAAAAAGAAAGUUGUAAGGUAAAACUUUCACCUUUCAAGAAAAUUUUCCAUUAAGUUAGACGUGUGUUUGGGGGGUCUAAAAAAAGUACUAAUAUAUCUUUGAAACGUGAGUUUCAAUAAAUAUGGAAGGAAGUGAUAUACCCCUUCUUCACUCGAAGCUGCAUGGUCCAUCUCUUUCCUCUUCUUGUUUUAGAUUUUAGCUAACUCCUAGGACUUUUAGAUAUUGUUGUCGGGUUUUAUUUUAUUUUCUUCCUAAAUAAUUCCGUAUUUUCUUUUAUAGCUUUCAAUUACCACCGAAAUUUUUUGCCUUAAUUUUUCUUGAUAUUUGAUAUUUUUUAUUUAAUAUUUUGAUAGUAUUAGAUAGUAUGUAGAUGUGAAAUUCUCAAGCAAAAAAAAAGGGACAAUGUCUUCUGUUAAAUUAUGUAUUAUUUUAAGCCUUGUAUUUGGGUGUCUUAUACUAGGUGUGUUUGCACAACUUUACUAUUUCUUAUGGUGGAAAAAGAGAAGAACAAAUUUAGAUAUUGAAAUUGAUGAAGGUAAUUAUGCAAAAAAAGUGUUUUAUUUUGGGUGUUGGAAGAACACACAAUGUUCUUUACAUAAUCACACUAAUCCAAGUGUAAUUAGAGACCAAGAAACCACAAAUCAUGAACAAGAUUUAGAAUUGGGUUGUGAUGGAAAAGAUAUGCUUUUGAAGUCUUCAGGGGAUGAAAGUUUGGAGUUAGAAUUAAUGAGGCUGCAUAAUCUCCCUGGCCCACCAAGAUUUCUCUUCACAAUCACAGAAGAAACAAAAGAAGAUUUGGAAUCUGAAGAUGGUAAAUCAAAAGGUGAAAGAAGUAGAAAAGGGUCAAGAACAAAGAGUUUGAGUGAUGUUAUGUUUACAUCUCUUGUUUCUUCACCUUUGAAGUGUUCUAAUUUAGACACUCUUGAUUCUUAUAAACAUCAAGGGUUUAAUCCUCUUUUUGAAGUUUCGGGUGAAUCAGAGUUUAAUAGGUUUAGAUCUUCACCACCACCAAAGUUCAAGUUUUUAAGAGAUGCAGAGGAGAAAUUGUAUAGAAAAUUGUUGGAGGAAUCUAGGAGAAAAGCACUUUUAGAGAAUCUUGGUUCUGUCUCAGAAUACGAGGUUGAAAAUUCUACUAAUAAUGUAACAGAAGCUAUGAGCUAUAGUGAUGGUUCUUUUCUUAGGAUUGUUGAGAACAAAGAAACAGAAAGCAAACAACAAGUUCAACAAUUUCUACCACAGUUUCCUUCAGGUUCUUCUCAGGUUCUACCUUUGACAUCUUCUCCUACAACAUUCAAACCACUUCAUAAUUCAUCAAUGGUGCAUUAUUAGAUUUUAGAUCCAUACAAUUAGGCCUCUGAUUUUUAUUUUAUUUUUUAAAUUUUAUCUCAUGUUAAAUUAAUUUUUCUAAUUGACUCCUUUGCUACUUU